AUAUAUUUUAAUAUUUUAAAAUUAUACACUUUAUUUAAUAUUUAAAAGAAAUAUCAAAGAAAGAUAUACAUGAAGAUUUUCAACACCUCAGUCUUAUUUGACAAUUUUAACGGCCGCAUGCUGCCACCUAGUGGAGUCAUUUGUAAUUGUUCUGUCAUCAUUCACAUGUAGACAAAUUAUAUACAGGAAAAUUAGAACACAUUUUUCAGACUAAGUUAGAUUGGAUUAAAAGGUACACCACUGCUUUAAACCACAUGUUUUCUCAGGGAACAAAAACGAGAUUGAGGAGCAUUGGAGGAGGGUGGUGGUGGUGGGGGGUAAACACACAAAGCUGUGGUAAAAGGGGCUUCAAAAUGUACAUGGAGUACUUCCAAAGAGUAAGAGCAACCUGUCAUCAUGUGUCAGGGUUUCAUUAUGUACAGACCUAGGGCAAAUUGCUGGCUUAGUAGUACAGGAGUCGGACUUGGGUAUGGAAGAUUCUUCAGGUUCGCGUCUACCAGCUGCCAAGUUACCACUGAGGUGCACUGAUGGGUUAAAAGCAGAGGUCACAUUUGGUUGUGUGCAGUGGUGUGCUGUUUCACAAUGACAAAUUCAGUCACUUACCUUACUUACUCACCCACAUUAAGAAAUGGUGAAGUGAUGACCGUCCAAGAGUCAAAAAUAACCAAAGGCAUCCAGGUUUACACUUAGAAUAAACCGCAGACAGGUCACAUGUCCAGAUGCUAUUCAAUACCACAGUUAAAGUAAAGUGGGUACUGUGCGUACUAUGGAAGAAUUCAAAUAAUUCAGACCAUUACAUGGCUGUUAUGAGGAAGUCCACAUUGAUGACGGUGCAGACAGGACUUACCAAAACAAGUGCAGCAUGUUUGCGAAUGAGUUCGCAACGUCAGGGAGCGACAGCUGUAAGAGAAGAGAUUGGAUUUCAAACUUGCAGUAUUUUCUUUCUACGAUGGAGGAAGAGAUUGGUGGAGGAAUAUUUAGGGUGGAGACGGUGGGGUAGGGGGGCGAGGGGGCAAAGAGGGUCAGAGACAAUGUGAAGAAAGUGAAGAAAACUUAAAGGAGAGAUCAUUCUAUAAACAGCAUCGGCCUUUGGCCGCAACUGCCACGAGAGCCACGCUGCUCCUUCCGUCGGUGUUCCUUCCUAUUUCUCCUCCCACACAUGAAAGAGAAAUGGUAGAAGAAGCACAAGAAGGAGUGGUUAGGAGACGAUGACAAGAGUCUAAGUUAUGAUGUAGUGUCUCAGACAGAGCGAAGAGGCAGAUUGAAAAAGACCCGGAGUGGAGGAGGAUCAGCAGGGAGCCAUGAUGUGAACUAGACGUGGUGAUAAAACAGAUGACUUAUAGGAUAAAGGUACAGCAAAAAGGAGCAGUGGUUGCUAAAGUUUUGAACCGCCGACCUCCACUAUCAGCAAGGAAAGCUUGAGCUUUUUGGUUUGAAAGAGGGGAAAGAUAAAAGAAAGAAAGAAAAGAUAUUUAAACAGGACUGAUGGAUAACCAAGACAAGCUAGGAGGCACAGAUGGAACGGGAGGAGAAAAGGAGGUUGUUGAAGAAGAAAAACAGACAAAAGACAAAAACAAUAAACUUGAAAAGGAAAUCAGUGAGAAGCUGCCCGGCCACGGGAACCACCGUUGCCUGUUGAAGAAUGGUCGGGCUCUGACGGAACGCCUUGCCAUCAACGUGUCCGGGAUGCGUUACGAGACCCAAAUACGUACACUUGCCCAGUUUCCGGACUCCCUGCUGGGUGAUCCACGGCGCAGACGCCGUUACUACGACCCUCUUAGAAAUGAACUCUUCCUUGAUAGGAGCCGUGUCUGCUUUGAUGCCAUCCUAUAUUUUUAUCAGUCAGGUGGGAGGCUGCGGAAGCCUGCCAAUGUUCCCCUGGAUGUGUUCUUGGAGGAGCUGCAUUUCUAUGAGCUUGGUGAAGAGAUCAUCGACCGUUUUAAGGAGGAUGAGGGCUUCCCAAAGGAGGAGGAAAGGCAGCUGCCUACUAAUGAGCUAAAACGGCGCCUCUGGAUGCUGUUUGAGUACCCGGAAUCAUCCGGUGGGGCUCGCAUUAUUGCAAUCAUUAGUGUCAUGGUGAUUGUUAUUUCUAUCCUCAUCUUCUGCCUGGAAACCCUGCCUGAGUUCAGAAAUGAAAAGGAGCUGAGAGAGCAAUACACCAUCAUUUCACACCCCACCAUAGAGAAUGAGACGCUCUUGAUUCCACCUGGCUUCACUCCCUUCCAGGAUCCUUUCUUCAUCGUUGAAACCAUUUGCAUCUGCUGGUUCUGUUUUGAACUUUUCGUACGUCUAAUCUGCGCCCCGAGUAAGAUACACUUCUUCAAAGACGUCAUGAACAUCAUCGACUUUUUUGCCAUCCUUCCCUAUUUCAUUACACUUGGGACAGAGCUAGCUAAGGACAAAGACAAAAGCACACAGCCCUCUGUGUCUCUGGCCCUCAUCAGGGUUAUCAGGUUGGUGAGGGUCUUUAGGAUCUUUAAGCUCUCUCGUCACUCCAAAGGUUUGCAGAUCCUGGGCCAGACCUUAAAGGCAAGCCUCAGGGAGCUUGCUUUGCUCAUCUUCUUCCUCUUCAUCGGCGUAAUACUUUUUUCCAGUGCUGUAUACUUUGCCGAGGUGGACAGACCUAACACAUCAUUCACCAGCAUCCCUGAGGCCUUCUGGUGGGCUGUGGUAUCUAUGACCACGGUUGGUUACGGAGAUAUGUACCCAGAGACAGUUGGUGGGAAAUUGGUGGGUUCCAUGUGUGCCAUAGCGGGCGUGCUAACUAUCUCCUUGCCCGUGCCAGUCAUAGUGUCCAACUUUAGCUACUUCUAUCACAGAGGGAUGGAGUGUGAAGAUACCACACAGUAUCAUCACGUCACUACGUUGCUGUGGGAAAAAGACAAAGAUGCUAAUAGUGAGGAGGAGAAUGAAGAUGGACUGGAUGUAUGGGGGCCGGAGUGCAUGGAUGAGUGUGUACCCCUGUACAGUCAGAACAGCAAAGGUAUACAACCUCCGCUGAAUGGCUCUCUGACAAUGACGGGACAUUGUACUGGACAGGUGACUGGUGAUGUAAUGGGAUUUACCUUCUACCUCAAAGAACCUCUGGUCACUCAAGUUUGACAGACUGUAAAAAAGACAGAGUAUGCUGAUCGACAUGGAAGUUGUUUGUGCGUAGAAAAAAGUAAACUCCAAAAUGGAUGCGUUCUGAGUAUGGAGUCACGCAGAAAAAAAACAAAACCUUUCCAAAAAGACGUGGACUGAAGAACGCUACAACUGAGUCAAAGGUGCCUGAUGGGCAAUGUAACUUGUUAGUCCAUAGGACGACUGCACUAAUGAUUUUAUCAUUUAUUUUUUGGCACCUUUUUCAUUGGUCAAUUAGCCUUUUGGUAAAUAAAACAAAUAACAAGAAAUGUUUAGUGGUGUUUUCUUUAAUGUGUAUGUUUGUUGUAUUUUUAUGAUUUAAAUGUUGUGUAUAAAAACAUUUAUUGACCCAUGUUCAAAUGAAUAAUCUGGUCAAACAUGUAAAGUCCUAGCUUAGACCAAUUUUGAUGUAGGGCCCUUGCAUUACUUUUAUUCUCAUAGUCCAAAUGUUCCUAAAACUCCCAUUUCAGCUGUCAAGGUUGUGUCUCCAACGUUUAUAGUGAUAUUUGCAAAUGAAAAAUGCUUUUAACCCUUUGAUGCAUGACCCAUGAUA